AUGAUUUGCAAUUUUAAAGAUUGUGAGGUGGCAAUAAUUCUUAUGAAGUUUAAGUUUGAAAAACAAGAAAAUUUUAGAAAUUGCAAAAAAAGCAAUCAUAUUAAAACUAAAAAACAAGUAGAUUUAUUGAAUUGUGUAUUUAGUUUGGAUCCUUAUCCUAGGAGAAAUAUAAGGGUGCUUUUAGGAGAUCUUUUUAAUUAUAAAAGUCAAAGACCGAUACAGAUCUGGUUUCAAAACAAACGACAGACUUUUAAUGUGUGUAAAGAAAAUCUAAAUAGAACUGAAUUAGAUGAACUUUGUUUUUUAAAUUUGUUGGAAAAAUAUUUAGACAGUUUAUAA